GUGAGGAAAUAUUGUAACAUUUGAAUUCGCUUCCUCAUCUCCCAUUCGGAACAAAAUGUGGUGACCAGAAGAUUUCGGGUUAUGGUGUAAGUCAUAAUUGAGCGAAAAAGAGUAUAUUUUGAGCUCUGCCUUAUUGGCAUACGCUUCUUAUUCGUCACAAUCUCGAUGUGAUGUAUAUUGAACGUAAUGUUUUCGAGAAUAUAUUCAACAAAAUGAUGGAUGUUAAGGGAAAGACAAAAGACAACUUAAAGGCACGAUAAGAUUUGAAGGUGUAUUACAAGCUGUCAGAAUUGAAAAUGGUGAAAAAUAAUGAAAAAAUUUACAAGUCUAAGGCUGCGUACACCUUAAAUAAGGAGGAAACAAGAAAUGUUUGUGCUUGUGUGAAACAAUUGAGAUUACCUGAUGAUUUUGCGUCAUAUUUCUCGGUGUGUUAAUGAGAUUGAUUACAAAUUUUAUGGAAUGAAAAGUCACGAUUGUCAUGUUUUUUUACAACAAUUGUUGCCAAUUGUCUUCCGUGAUAUGGUGCCUUACUCAAUUUGGGAUGCGAUUAUUGAGAUCUCACCUUUUUAGGGAUUUGUGCGUAAUUGAAAUACCUGUAGAUCAUAUGAAAAUUCUGUAAGGAAAAAUAUGUAAAACUAUAUACAAACUAGAAAAGAUCUUUCCUCUCGGUUUCUUUGAUUGUAUGGAGCAUUUGUCUAUUCGUUUAUCUUACGAGGUAAAUGUUGGUGGACCCGUCCAGUAUCGAUGGAUGUAUUCAUUUGAGAGGUUUUUGCAACAUUUGAAGAAAGUAAAAAAUUGAGCAUCAGUUGAAGGAUCUAUAUGUGAAGCUUAUAUGAUCGAGAAAAUAUCCUUGUUUUGGUCAUGGUAUUUUGAACUUGUUGUGCGAACAAAAUUAAAUAGAGUGUCACGUAAUGAUGAUGGAGGAGAUGUGGACUCUCUAGGUCGUCUUUCAAUAUUCACUCAUCUUGGGCGAGCUUUUGGUCCAUUAGAUAAAUCUCGAUUUUUAGAUGAGGAUAAGUUUUAUGCUGUUGAGCUAUAUGUUUUAAUCAAUUGUGAAGAGGUGCUCUCAUAUAUAAAGAUAUUUGAUGUCAUUGUCAAUGGGGAUGUUGUGCAUAUAUCGGAAGAUGAAUUAGAGAAAGUAUGUGAUGCAAGAUUCGUGAAAUGGUUUAAAAAUUAUGAACGAUGGUUAAAGAGAUGCAUUCAAAAUCGAGACCUAGAUCAACAAAUGUCUCUAGAAGUAUCUCUUUCCCUACAAAUGCCAUGCGUUUCUUGAUGUCACAGUCCAAUUUUUGGGUCAUGAUCGACGCAAGGGACCAAUGAGCUCAGCCCACCAAGCCCAAGCAAGCCUACUUACAUGAUUUUAUACGUUAAUCCAUAUUUUUUUAAAAUUCGAAAUUCAUAAUGCUCAAUUACAAUUUCUUUGAAAACAACUA